AUGAAUCCAUAUCAAGAGGAAUACGACAAUAGUUCGGCGGCUUGGGACCAGCUGGAUCUGGAUAUGUUCAUCAAAGUGGCCUCGCAUACAGUCUUCAGCCCAUUCUUCACAUUCUUUAUUCCAUUCAUCUACAAAAGUACCGGCCUCCCGUGGUCAGAUCCCACGUUGCAGGCCUUCUCCGCCUGGUUUGCGCUAAUGGCCUUGAUAUGCAAGUUUUCUGUCGACGGAACAACUCGGAGAGCUGACAUCCUUUCUUCCACAGGGCUUUGUCGAUUCGUAGCCAGGAAAUGGCGGAAUGCAGGAACGUCAGGACUCUUGGACUGGGAGGAACAGAUUAUUGUCAUCACCGGUGGAUCAUCUGGUAUUGGCGCUCUAUUAGCCGAGACGCUUGCCAUGCGACAAUGCACUGUUGCGGUCCUGGAUGUCAAGCCUACGAAGAGCGAGCACGAUAAUAUCAACUUUUACGAGUGCGACGUAUCGGAUUGGACGCAAGUUUCUACAGUCGCCAAACAGAUCAAGAAAGAGCUUGGCGCUCCGACCGUUAUUGUAAACAAUGCAGGAGUUGUCCAAGGCAAGCUUAUUGUCGAUUUGACAGAGGAAGACGUCAAGCAGACGUUCAAUGUGAACGUUGUAGCACAGUUCAACGUUCUGAGAGCAUUCCUACCUGACAUUAUUGAGGCUAAAAUUGGUCACGUUGUCACGGUUUCUUCCCUCCUUGGACGGACCGGAUGUGCUCAAGUCUCCGACUACGCCGCGUCAAAGGCAGCUCUCAUCUCCUUGCAUGAAUGCCUGCGCCAGGAACUCGACUACCGGCACCAUGUACCGCUCGUCCGGACGACGCUGCUUACGACAGGACUGGUCCAGACGCCCAUGUUCUCUGGGCAACGGCCUCUCCGAGAGAAUGCGAUGAUGCCGGGAUGGCUAUUUGACUUUGCCAUGCCCGCUCUUCCGCCACAUGCUGUCGUCAAAGAGAUUAUCAAGGCGAUUGAUCUGCAAGAGAGCCGCGAUAUUGUCCUCCCGGAGCUGGCAAAGACGGCCUUGCUGAUGCCGAUUCUCCCAUACUGGGUCAACUAUUGGGCUAAAUGGGUGACGGGCGCAAAUCAGUCUAUGUGA